UGAGAGUUUUAUUCUAUUUCCAACUGAGAGAUAAAUAAGUACUUUAUCAGCCAUUUAUUUUCGCGAAUCUCAGUUGAUCGCCUCAACGCUUAAUUAGGUUGAACUUCGAUUAUCAAUAAUCAUUCCCCUCAAAUUCACGAUGGCGAGCAAAGGAUGUAACGAUAUCCCACCAGUGUCUUCAGACUAUGUUCCAAGGGGAACUUAUGAGACUAUUGCCGGCUUGAAGACAUACGUCAUCGGUCCGCAGUCUCCCCAAACUGCGAUCAUCGAUAUCUACGAUGUCUUCGGGCUAGCGCCUCAAACGCUGCAAGGCGCCGACCGUCUGUCAUCGUCUCUCAACGCGCUUGUCAUCGUGCCGGAUUUCUUUGACGGCGUGUACAUGCAGGAAGCCUGGAUGCCGCCCGAUACGGAAGAGAAAAAGGCGGCCAUGGCAAAGUUCCGGGAAGAGCGGGCCGCCAUCCCGAAGAACGUCGAGAAACUGCUCGAGGUGCGCAAAGCGGCUGGUGAGAAGUGGCCUUCAACCGGAGACCGCUGGGGAGUCUUCGGGCUGUGCUGGGGCAGCAAGAUCGGGAUUCUGGCCUGCGGUAAAGACAAUGAGGGGUCGGGAAGGGUGUUCAAGGUGAGCGGGACCGCACAUCCGAGCCGCCUGGAGGCCGCGGACGCGGAAGCCCUGACGGUACCGUAUAUUUGUCUAGCUUCCCCCGGGGAGCCGGCCGAUAUUGUGGCGCAGUAUAAGGAGAUUUUAGAAGGACCUGGGAAGGUUGGGGUUGUGGAGACGUACGGAAGUAUGUUCCAUGGUUGGAUGGGGGCUAGAGCAAAGCUGGACGAUGAGAACAACAAGAAAGAGUAUGAGAGGGGUUACAACCAGGUUGCUGAGUUCUUCGGGAAGUAUCUAUAGAAAGCAAUUAUGAGGCACCAUCUUUUGGACGAUUUGUGUAAAAGAUGAUGAAUUAUAGCCUAUCCCCUACCGCACGUGGAGGAUAGAUCCGUGGAGUUGCCGAAGACCCGCUUCGCUGCUUAGCAGUUGAAUCAACUGUUACAACAGUAGUCCUCAUAAUCUCAUUAGGCAUGCGCUCUACACCUGUUUCCUCAUCAUAAAUGCUAUUCACCCAGCUAUGCUCGUUUCUCCCGCAUCGAGCGG